AUGUCGACGCCAGACCUACGACCGACCAUCGACCCAGAGAGAUCAACGAGUCGACACAGAAGUCCUUUCAUGGGCAGACCACUGGCAAAAGCACCAACUCCUUCCAUCAAUGGGACACGGUGGAUGGACAAGCAAGAGACGAGAUCGUUGAGCCAGGCUCUGCAUGAUAUGGAUUUAGAGGAGGAGAGGAAGAUUCACUCCGCGGCACAAGACGAGGCAGCGGAGCUGGUCUAUAAACACAGGAAUCCGGACAAGGCGAACGCAGCAUAUGCCAAUCCCGAUCUCAAGGACUAUCGAUCACAUCUCCGAAAAGGCAGCUACCAGCGCAGCCACAGCACGGUAAAGGAAGACAUCGCUGUCGCUCACCGACGAUCCAGCAGUGAAAGCGUACGAAUUGUCAGUGGCGAGAAGAAGAUGUUUAUGCAUCCGAAUGAUAAGAUCUGGGAGGAUCCCGGCGAGGAUGAUAACUCGACAACGGAUGAAGGACGCCCGGCCUCCCAGUCGUCCGUCGUGCGAGUGAACCAUGCGAGAAUCACGGAGGAAAGGAUCCCCUCUCUUCCUCCUGCGACGAUCUCACCUCUGCCGUCAUAUGUGAGGAAGAAUCCCUUUGCGAGGGUGAGAGCGCAGAACGAGCGGAUGGAACGUUCAAACUCUGCACCGACAUUGCAGACUCUUCCUCCGGCGCCGGUUCUACGCCAUGACAGGGUUGAGAUCCAACGCAACGCUCCCAGCCAAAGUCGAAACCCGUGGUAUGUCUCCAACGAGCCAUUACCGCCGACUCCACCACCCGCAGCAGAACAAGAGGCCGACGAGGUCGCGCCGAAAGGGAGUGGAAGUCGGAAUGGAACGCCCACGAAGGAUGGAAAGGAGAUUCGAGGAGAUGAUAUUCGUGCGGCGACGAGCAAGACGAGAAAGGACUAUAGUCCGAAUCUACCCCGGCCGACGAUAGUGAGCGAUAAGCCCGGGCGACCGAUCGUCAGCUUUGAGAAGAGGGCGAAGGAAAUUGUGUUGGAACCUGAGCAAAGUGCUGAAGUGCGGAGGAGAUCAUCUUCUUCGCAAUGGAAUGCGGUCCCUCAAAUCACCUUUGACGACGCUCCUGGCCCAUCGAUACCAACGAUCAACCUCCCGGACGACCCUUCGAUCCCGACCAUCAACUUUCCAGACGAUGACACGACUCCAUCAAUCUCCAUCAACGACACUCCAACCAAGUCCACGUCCAGUCCUCGCUCCAAUACCCCUCAACGACCUCUCCCUCACCACUCCGCCUCCGCGCCCGUUCCCCAGGUAUCCCCCAAAUCCACACCGCACUACACCCCGUCCCACCGCACCACGCCCAGCACCCUCUGCGCGCACUGCGCCCUCCCCAUCGCUGGCCGCAUCCUCUCCGCUUCCGGCCAACGUUUCCACCCCGCCUGCUUCACCUGCUACACCUGCAGCACCAACCUCGAAUGCGUCGCCUUCUACCCCGAACCCGAAUCCGCCUACAACGACCGCCUCGCCCAACAAGCCGACGACACUUCCCCCCGCUUCUACUGCCACCUCGACUACCACGAAUCCUUCUCCCCCCGCUGCAAAACCUGCACCACCCCCAUCGAAUCCUCCGCCAUCGUCGCGUGCGGAAACACCUACCACCCGUCCCAUUUCUUCUGCGCGCAGUGCGGCGAUCCAUUCGAUCAUAGCACGCCGUUUGUGGAGAAGGAUGGGUAUGCAUGGUGUGUCGGGUGUCAUGCGCAUCGCACGGCGCCGAAGUGUGGAGGGUGUAGGAAGCCGGUGUUGGAGGUUGUGGUCAAGGCGUUGGGGAGAGACUGGCAUGAGGGGUGUUUUUGUUGUGGAGGGUGUGGAGGCGGUUUCGGGGAGGAGGGGAGGUUCUUUUUGAGGGAGGAGGAGGGGGGCAGGGAGGGGGUGGUUUGUGUUGGGUGUGAGGAGAGGAGGUUGAAGGCUUGA